GAUUUUGUCUCAUUUUCUCCAUCCAUAUCCAUCCUUCUUUCUCUCUCUCUCUCUCUCUUUCUUUCUUUCUCUUUCUCUCAUGGAGCUGAUGGAAUGACACUCUACACCAAAAGGAGUUCAAACUUUCCAUUAGAAAGAUGUUGAUGAGAUGACUUUAUUUAUCAUCUUCUUGCUAGGAUGGAGAUAUAUAUCAGUGGGCUCUUUUUCUCUCCCUUCAACCAGCUAAGAAGUGGCAGGAGGACGUACUUUUGACCCAAAAUAUAUCAGUCAAAAUUGCAGACAGAAGAACAUCCAAUCCAAGUUAAGACGUGAGGAAUCAUAGUUUUCUUGAUUUUAUCCCUCCCUCCCUCCCUCCCUCCCUCAGAGUAUCAUAUUUCCAAAAAAAAAAAAAAAAAAACUAAAAAAAUAAAAGAGAAGGUACGAAUUUUGCACCCAUAAAAUGCAUGCUAUAAAUCAUCAGCAAACAAGUACAACUUGUGUUAUAACUUUCUACUGUUUCACUUGCACUUUCACCUAAAGAAAAAGUCUCUUUUUACUCAUCUCAGUUGAGCAGUGAGCACGAGUAGUGCCAACAAGCUUUAUCCUCUCCUCUCCCCUCACAUCAUAAAUUAAACCAAUACUAGUAUUAUGGUUGCAAAACCCUAGGAAGUAAGAGAUUCAAAGAAAAAGAAAAAAAAGAAUACCCCAUAAUCCUCCAUAUAUAUUUUACUUAGUUAAAAUAUAAUAUAUAUAUAUAUAUAUAUAUAUAUUACUUACACACAAAAUCAAAAAAAAUAUAUCCUUAUUCCCAUGGAGUUCAUUACCACCCCAGGAAUGCCUUCAUUUAUGCCAACUUCAUCAUCCCAAAACAUCAUCACUUCCACUACUCAUGUUAACCAAAUCUCAUCAGCUUCUUCACAAAAUGUUAUUCAUCAUCACCACCAUUCCGCUCCUCCUCCUCCUCAAACUCAAAGCAGCCGAUACGAGAACCAGAAACGCCGCGAUUGGAACACGUUUUGCCAGUUCCUGAGGAACCACCGGCCGCCAUUAGCGCCGCCACUCAUCAGCAGCACCCACGUGCUGGAGUUCCUGCGGUAUCUGGACCAGUUCGGAAAGACUAAGGUGCACAACCAGAACUGCCCGUUUUUCGGGAUCCCGAAUCCACCGGGGCCUUGUCCUUGCCCGCUGAGGCAAGCCUGGGGAAGCCUGGAUGCCCUCAUUGGAAGGCUUAGAGCGGCUUAUGAAGAAAACGGUGGGCUUCCUGAAUCCAACCCUUUUGGGACCAGAGGAGUACGGCUUUUCUUGAGGGAUGUUAGGGAUUUUCAGUCCAAGUCCAGAGGGAUCAGUUACGAGAAGAAGAGGAAAAGAUCUUCCGGUCAUAAUAAUAAUAUUAAACAAGUCGUCAAACUUGUUGCCAUGGAUUCUUCAUCUGGUACUAGUACUACUACUCUUAGUAGUGAAAACUAAGGAUUUGUCUACUUUUUUUUAGAUGAUUAUUAUUAUUAUUAUGUAUGCAUUAAUUAUUAAUCUGUUAUAGUCGUGUUUCGGUUUGUCUCUGAAUAAUAAAAACUUAUAGAUGUUCCUCGCAUUCUAUUUAAGGUGAGUUUGUCAUCAACUUGUCAUCUGAAAGUAUAUCAAAGGUUUCGUUUGUGUUGAGAAUCUUGAGGACAUUGUUUUUCGGUUUUUGUUUUUCUUUUGAAUUUUUCUCCAUCUUCUUCGAUUUCUCUCGCUUCUUCUAAUCUGUUACGUGUAUGGAAAGGGUAAAGGUGGAAAUGUUUCUUACUAGUUGGAAUUGUUGAAGUAAUAAUCACACUUAGAUGUGGCUCGAUCUAGCUACUCGGA